CACAACCUAGAAUAGCGUGACGAAGAGUGCGAGGCCCAGGAUAGCGCCUUUAGACCCAAAAAAAUGACACUCGCGACUCGCGAGCGUCUUCUUGUACUCUGCUUCGAUUUUGGCGUCUCCUUCUUCUCCUCUCCUCUCCCUGUUGAACGAUUCGUGGCUCCGAUUCUGCCGUAGGGCAAACCCAAUCCUAUUUAACUCAGAUAAUUAAAAUGAAGAAACCACGAAGCACAAUCUCCACAUCAAGCAAAAUAAAGUUCGAAGAACCGGAAUCUUCGUCUUCAUCCGAAGAUGAGGAGGAGAUAGAGCAGGAGCUUGCAGAUGUGACAUUUGGAGAACUGCAAAAGGCACGCGCAAACGGGUCCCAUUUAGUGCACCUAAAGCCCAAAGAAGAGAAGAAGGGUGGUAGGGUGAACAAGAACCGGCCAAUGGAGGUUAGUUGCAAGAAGCCCGUUACAAGAUUUCGAGAGAUCAUUCAAGGUUCAAAAAAGGUGGUACGUGACCCACGUUUUGAAUCUUUAUGUGGAACACUGGAUGUUGACGGGUUUAGGAAGAGAUAUGACUUUCUAUUUGCAAACGAGCUUCCUGCCGAGAGAGAGGAACUGCAGAAGCAAGUGAAGAAAUCCAAGGACCCAGAAGUCAUUGAAGAACUAAAGAAACGCAUAUCUUGGAUCGAUAAACAGCUCAAAUCUGAGUCAGCCAAGCGCACUGAAGCUGCAAUACUGGCCGAGCACAAGCAAAAAGAGAGAGAAGCAGCAAAGCAAGGGAAACAACCCUUUUUUCUUAAGAAAUCUGAGAUCCGAAAGAAACGACUUAUGGAAAAGUAUAAACAACUCAAGGGAUCUGGCAAGCUUGAAGCCUUCAUCGAGAAAAGGCGCAGGAAGAAUGCUGCAAAGGACCACAGAUUCAUGCCAUACCGUAGGCCUGACAACACUGAGCAACAAAUUUAAUGACUUCACUUGGUUCUGGAGAAGCAGAGUAAAUUUUCUUAUUAGCUGAGUGGCAUUGGGAGACUACUGGGUAGUGACAUGGUGAGUUUGCUUGGAAAGAUGCAAAUUUCAGUAAAUUUUGAAGAAAAGCAC